AUGUCGCUGUCGACGACAGAUGCUCAUCGUACAGUCGAUGUUAAAAGUGAGCGGUCCAAAAUGACAAGCCAAGUACAAGCACUGUAUGACUUCAUGGGUGAGCCUAACACUACUGAAAUGUCAAUAGUCAGUGGUGAAAUAUUAACAUUAAUCAAUACAGAAAUUGGUGAGGGUUGGUGGGAAGGAAAGAAUUCCAAAGGAGAAACAGGCUUAUUUCCAGCUGCAUAUGUAAGGAAACUAACUCCUGAAGAAUCAGUUCAAACUAAAUCAGCACCGGCAGCUCCUGCUCCACCAAGAUAUGACCAAGCAGCUGAUUCUUGGGGCGAUGUAGAAUUCAGUGCAGGUGAUAGCAACUUUCAAAGAGGAGCCUCACAUGAAGAUGGCUGGGAUGAUGAUUGGGAUGAUGACACUUACUCAGAAAUAGGACCAUCUCAACAACAAAGUAAAACUCAAUACAACCAACAACUCACCCCCUUGCCAGGCAUGCCAAUUAGUGAAUACAGUGCACACACAGAAGAAACUGCAUCUAACUAUAGCUCCACAGUGGGUACUGUUCGAAAGAGCAAGUUUGCUCCAUCGUCUAAAGUUAGCGGAGAAAGCUACUUACUUGCCACACUAAAUGUAGAAGUACCAGACUCGGAAAAAGUCUACAUAGUGCAGGAGGAAGACAGAUAUGAGUGGUGGCCCAUCACACAUCCCUACACUGUCACUGUAGCCUCCCCUAAGAAGGAAUCCAAGUUUAAGGGUAUUAAAAGUUACAUAGCCUAUCAAUUGACACCUUCAUUUAAUAAUAUACAAGUCUCUAGGAGAUACAAGCAUUUUGAUUGGUUGCAUGAAAGAUUACAAGAGAAAUUUACUCUCAUUCCAAUCCCACCUCUACCUGAUAAACAGAUUUCUGGCAGAUAUGACGAACAACUUAUCGAACGUCGCCGAGUUCAACUUCAGGAGUUUGUUGACUGGAUGUGCAGGCAUCCAGUGCUAUCAAAAUGUGAAGUAUGGCAGCAUUUCUUGACUUGUACUGAUGAAAAGCGUUGGAAGGCUGGUAAGAGGCAAGCAGAAAGGGACAACCUGCUUGGGCUAAAUUAUUGCAUAUCAAUAGUAGUACCUGAGAAAGCUUUACUGCAAUCACAAGUAGAUCACAUAACAGAGCAAUGCCAUAUGUUUAUAAACAGCAUGGACACAUCGGUUAAGUCAGUCACAAACAUGUGUAUUGUACAAACCAAGAGAUUCCAGGGCCCUUACAAAGCUGACUGUCAGAAAGUUGGGGAAGCAUUUUGUAGUUUAGCUGCAUCACUAAGCCUCGAUGAAGGCUCAUUAGCUUCAACUUCAAAACUGACCACAGCUAUCAAAAUGACAGGCAGUGCCUACAUUGAUAUAGGAAGAAUGUAUGAUGAUCAACCGAAAUAUGAUUGGGAUCCGUUGGGUGACAAAUUUCAUUUAUACAAAGGCGUUGUUGGAGGCUUCCCUGACACAUUAAAUACCCACAAAAGUGCUGUGCAGAAAAAGAGAGAAUGCGAAAGACUUACAGCUGAGGGUAAAAUGGAAGUAGCACAACUGAAUGAAGUACUGCGGAGAACUGAUGUUAUAUCAUAUGCACUUCUUGCCGAAGUUAAUCAUUUCAAAUCUGAAAGAACAAAAGAUCUGAAUGCAACUAUGCAGAAGUUCUUAAGGCAGCAAGUGCACUUUUAUAAAAAGAUUGUUGAAAAAUUAGAAACAACGCUGAGAUACUAUGAUGAAUAA